GGCGGACCUGUUGGGUCUGCAAUCAGCCAUAGGUCCUGACUCAUUAGGAGCAAAAAAAGUCACUUGAAGGAGGAAGAAGUUACAAGAUUUGGGUCUCAGUAUUUCUGGGGACGCACUUGAUGGGAGGCAAGCACAGAGCUGCAGAGCAGACCUAGAAGAUACAAAGAACAUCACAGUGCUAGCUACUCUCCAAGAUCAGGAGAAAAUGAUCCAGGCCCAGGAAUCACUAACCCUGGAUGAUGUGGCUGUGGAGUUCACCUGGGAGGAGUGGCAGCUCCUGGGCCCUGCUCAGAAGGACCUAUAUCGGGAUGUAAUGUUGGAGAACUACAGCAACCUGGUGUCAGUGGGAUGUGAAGCCAGCAAGCCAGAUGCACUCUCUAAGUUGAAACAAGGAGAACCACAAUGGACUAGAGAAGAUGAAAUCCACUGUGCAGCCCGUUCAGAAAUUGGGAGAGUUGAUGGUUAUUUGCCAGAGCACUUACGAAAUGAAAGCAUGAUAAACAGAGUAAAACCAUGGCGUGGACAUAAUGCAUUUGAAAAUAUCAUUCAUCAGAAUAAAACUCAGUUUCUGUUAAGGCAAAAUCAUCAUCUAUUUGACUUAAAUGGAAAAAGUAUAAAAUCAAAUUCAACUUUAGUUAAUCAGAACAGAAGUUAUGAACUAAAGAAUCCUGAAUUCAUCAAAAAUGGGGGAUCCUAUCUCCAUGCCAAUGAUGAAAAAUUUCAUACUGAAAGUAAAUUCCCUGCAAGUCAAAAACUUAUCAGUACUAAGUCCCAAGUCAUUACUCCCAAGCAUCAGAAAACUCAAAAAAUAGAGAAGCCUCAUGUGUGCAGUGAAUGUGGGAAAGCCUUUGUCAAAAAGUCUUGGCUUACUGAUCACCAGAUCAUUCAUACAGGAGAAAAACCCCAUAGAUGUGGUCUCUGUGGGAAAGCCUUCUCCAGAAAGUUCAUGCUCACUGAACAUCAGAGAACACAUACAGGAGAAAAACCAUAUGAAUGCUCUGAAUGUGGCAAAGCCUUUCUCAAGAAAUCACGCCUUAACAUACACCAGAAAACACACACAGGAGAAAAACCCUACAUAUGCAGUGACUGUGGAAAGGGCUUCAUCCAAAAAGGAAAUCUCAUUGUACAUCAGCGAAUUCAUACAGGUGAAAAACCUUAUAUAUGCAGUGAAUGUGGGAAAGGCUUCAUUCAGAAGACAUGCCUCAUAGCCCAUCAGAGAUUUCACACAGGAAAGACGCCCUUUGUGUGCAGUGAAUGUGGAAAAUCCUGUUCACAGAAGUCAGGCCUCAUUAAACAUCAAAGAAUUCACACAGGAGAGAAACCUUUUCAAUGCAGUGAAUGUGGAAAAGCCUUUACAACAAAGCAAAAGCUCAUUGUGCAUCAAAGAACUCAUACAGGAGAGAGACCCUAUGCCUGCAAUGAGUGUGGGAAAGCCUUUGCGUACAUGUCUUGCCUCGUUAAGCAUAAGAGAAUACACACAAGGGAGAAACAAGAUUCAGUCAAGGUGGAAAUCCCUCUUAUAGAGAGCCACAGCUCUUUACAUACCAGUGAUGUCAUGAAGGAAAAAAACCCUGCUAACAUGGUGGCCACACAAGUGCCUUCUUUGGCCCCUCAGACAUCCUUAAACAUCAGUGGCCUAGCAAAUAGGAAUGUAGUCAUCAUGGGACAGCCUGUGGCCAGAUGUGUGCCCUCAGGAGAUAACAGAGGAUUUGCACAGGAGAGAAAUGUUGGGAAUGCAGUAAAUGUGGUCAUGCCUCCAGUGAUCAAUUAUGUCUUAUUUUAUGUCACAGAAAACACACAGGAAAAACACUGAGAUAUAAUCUACGUAGAAAAGGGUUGAGCAGAAAUUUCUAGUUCACUAUAUGGCAGAAAAGUAUAUAUUGAGAGAAAACAAAUAAAUGCAGAGGCUGGGAAGGCCUCAUAAACUCAUCUAAAUAUGUGCUUUAAUACAGAGGCAGAAUCUGAUGUUAACCC